UCGCAAAGGUAAAAUGAAAAAAAUAAAUAAAUAAAUUUGGCACAAUUUCCACACAUAUCUCUCUUAGGUAAAAUGAUGUCCACAGAUGAAACCCAACCCAAGAAUGGAGCCCUGCACUCUCAUCCGUAAAUGUUUGCGAAGAAUUCUCUUGACCUUCGGAAGAGUUCUUAAAUAUAUAAUACAAACGACACUCUCAAAACCCAACUUGUCCUCGCAACAUCAACAUCAAGAAAAUGUCCAUAAUCCCAAACAACAACCCUUUUGAGGAUACUCCUUUCUCCGCUAUCAUUUCCAAUUCAUUGCCAGAGAAUGCUGCGUUUGUCAACAGCCAAAUUGGUUGGAACGAGACCCCAGAAGCUCAUGUGUUCAAGGCUGAUAUCACGGGGUUAAAUAAAGAGGAAGUGAAGGUUGAGGUUGAAGAUGGUAGAGUGCUUCAGAUAAGUGGUGAAAGGAAGGUAGAGAAAGAAGACAAGAACGAUGCAUGGCGUCGUGUUGAGUAUAGCAGUGGCAAGUUCCAGAGGAGUUUCACGCUUCCAUCGAAUGUCAAAAUGGAUCAGGUUAAGGCCUCCAUGGAAAAUGGGGUUCUCACUGUUACUGUCCCCAAGGAUGUUGAUGCUAAGCCUAUUGAGAAUUAA